GAACUUGCUCUUCGUUCCUACCCAUCCUCGCGAGUCUGGCACUCUACAAUCUCAUCUGCCCUCUUUGCAAUUACCUGGUAUUCUGAACCCUCCCGACCAAAUGGCACACAAAAGAUCUGCAUCUCGUUAUGCCAGUGGAACCUUCAGCACCGAUUCAGCUUGUAAUAUGCAGGGCGCUAUAUCCUCAUCUGCAAACAUACUUCCCUCCUAUAGCACGCCGGACAUCAACACUUCCCUAUCAUCAGAGCUCGCGUUUGUACAGUCUACCAGUCUGCCAAGCAUGUCUGAUAUGACAUCUUCUACCUCCCGUUCUUCGACAUCGCUAUGCUCUGGUUCUACUUCAAGUCUGAGCUCGUUCAGCUCAUCUGUUAGCGCGAAUCAACUGCAAGGUUUCCAAUACGGGCCCCCAGAAACUCAUGCCUUUCAGCCCUGGAAAGGAGAGAAACCACUCGAUGGAAGAGAUAUACGCUCGUCUCACAAUCAUCCGGUCGACGCAGCCAUUGAGGAUCCCCUUCCGCCGUUUUUGGGCCUUCGCAAAGGCCUUCGUCCACAGGCGAUUGUCUCUUUCCUCUAUCGUAGUCUUCCUCAUUCAAUGUGGGAUCGCCUAGUACUUGUCGUCUUCUUCGCCUACGUACUGGUGCUCUUUAAGGCGUUGGCUGGAUACGGCGGGUCUCAUCCCAAUAAUUCCACAGGAAAUACACAAACGCCGUCUGUCCUGAUGGUCAAUUCGGAGAGCAUUUCUCAAACUCAGAACAUUGCCUUCCUCAAUGUCACUCAAAGCAUCCCUAACCUUCCAGCGGGGCACCUUGACGAAUCAUCGGCCUUGCGCAAUAUUACAAUUGUUCAAGGCACUGUUACGGUCGACGUUGCAGAAUCGCUCCCUUCCGAUUCUCUUCAAAAACCCUUGCCACACGCCAUCGCCACGGUGUUACAUCCUGACAGCAAUGCCACUAUUUCUAUCGCGGAUGGUGAUCCAACGGACCACCUUAGUCAUUUGAAUGAAGAUAUUCGGGCGGUGUAAUUAGUAUGAGUAGGUUUCCAAGAGAAUGACAAUAACGGGGGGACCUAAUAGUGGCCCAGUACACAACU